UUCGGGGAUAGAAAUUCAGUGAACGGCUUGUGCUUCCGUCUAUCUCACGUACACGGUAGACUAACUCCUAAAACCCUAAUUGGUGCGGUAUACCUCCACCUCCAGUGCUAUUUCCAAUUUUGCCUGCUGCAGCUUCAAAUCAGAUACCUAAAACCCUCUGCAUCUGAGAGCUUGCAAUCACAACACUUUCGGUUCUCUCCCACCGAGAUCUAAUGGCUGCCCCUAAUGCGCCGACGGUUUUGGACAAGGAACAGAUUUUUGGUAUGGCAGAGAAGGAGAUGGAAUACAGGGUUGAGUUGUUCAACAAGCUUACCCACACAUGUUUCAACAAGUGCGUUGAGAAGAAGUACAAGGAGUCUGAGCUAAACAUGGGUGAAAACAGUUGCAUUGAUCGGUGCGUGUCUAAAUAUUGGCAUGUGACUAAUCUAGUCGGCCAGCUGCUUGGUUCUGGUAGGCCUCCCAUGUAAAAUGUUGUCUAGUCCCGUUAGAGACAUGCUCUUCCUCGGACAGAUGCUUGGUUCUCCGGUGAUGUGGAGAUUGUAGUUGUUUGCAUUGUUAUGCCCUUUUGUUUUUCUCAUACUGUCAUAAGGUGAUUCCAUUUUGUUGGUCUCCGGAAGAAAUAGGGACAGGUUUUAUCAUAAGUCGCCCUAUGUUCAGGUCCAUAGUAGAAUUGGGCAUUCAUAGUGAAGAGUUCUUAAUUAUUUUGUUUUCUUGAAUAAUUGCCAUUGUUUUCGAUGGUUAUGGUUACACUGUAAAAUGUUGUGAUACUUAUACAUUUUCAGCAGCUUUGUUAAAGAAAAGGAGUUACGAGGA